GUGGUGGUCUAGGUCGUCUCCGUCUCGCCUGGUUUUGUAAUGUCCGGUAGUUCCGUUCCGAGUUCCGGUGUUGUAAAAGUGUUUUUGGCACAAAAUCCUGGGUCAAAAGUUGGAAUAGAAAACGCGAACUGAAACGAAAUUGAAACGGCAUGUCUGAGGAGGGUGUCAAUGACAGUCAACCUAUCUCCCAGAGUAGCUACUGCUUCAAAUGGAGCGAUUACGAGAACCACGUACCAUGCGUUAUCCGACAGUUAUUGGAAGAGAAUUGCAUGGUGGAUGUUACCGUUUCUGCUGAUGGCCACAAGAUCCAUGCACAUCGCAUCGUGUUAUCUGCUUGUAGCACCCUGUUCCAAGAUCUCUUAAACCAAGUACAUGAAGACUCACCAACGAUUAUACUCAGUGAUAUAGCAGCUCAGGACAUUCGCUGUAUCAUAGACUUCAUGUACAAUGGUGAAGUCAGCAUACCUGUGGAGAAUAUUAGCAGUCUGUUAGAAGCUGCUCAUUUUUUGAAGAUACGUGGCCUUAUGGAGAUUGAUGGCUUGGAUGAAACUGAUACGACCCUUUCUGUGGAAGAUUUCAAUGAGGAAGCUGUAGAAUCCUUGAGCGAGCUAAAUGAGACUGAGGAGCAAGAACUGCAAGCACUGCAACAGGAGUACGAAAGUGUGCCUGAUCCCUUAGACAGAAAAAACGUAUCUACUUCAAGUUUCAAAAAGAAACGAAGACGGGACACAAUAAAAAAGGAAUAUAGUGAGGAUAUGCUGAUGGCUGCAAUCGAUGAUCUUAAGGCAGGGCAUACAUUGAUAGAGGCUGCUACUAAGCAUGGCAUACCACGUUCUACAUUAUACAUGCGUGCAAAAGCCUUGGGAUUGCAUCUGAAUGCCUCUAGGAAUGAAUAUUCUCCUGAAUGUAUGAAGGCUGCAAUAAAUUCUGUGCUGGAAGGUUCCAGUCUACAACAAGCUUCAGAAAUGUUUAGCAUUCCCAAAACAGUGCUGUGGCGAAGAAUUCAGAAAGAAGGCUAUCAAAUUCUUGGGCAGCGCACUGAAAUGAGGAAAUCCUAUGAUGCUGAUAAAAGAGAAGCUGCUGUUAAAGCCUUAGAACGAGGAGAAAAUCUUACAAAAGUCUCCUUACAGUUCCAAAUACCAAAAACCACAUUGUUCAGGGAUAAAGCAAGGCUGGUCGACGAAGGGAAGCUUCCACUGUCGUUCUGGAAGAAACGUAAGACGGAGAAUGAAGAUUUGAAAAAAUCUAGGUUGGAGCAAGCGGUAGCUGCUUGUAAAGGUGGAAAAAUGUCGCAGGCAGCAGCCUCCAUGACCUACCAUAUACCCAAAACUACGAUAUGGAGAAGGUUGCAGCAGGAAGGAAAAAAAUUGAACCGCUCAACAAAUGAGCCUGAAAAAUGCAAAUUUGAAGAUCUAAAUGAUACUGUCGAUUCGAAAGAAGACGGAACUGAAUUUACGUAUUGUGAGGUUACUUCGGAAAUACCAAUAACUUACAUAGACGAAAACGGGAUACCAGAAGAUUCCGUGAUCAUUUUAACAACAGAUGAUGUGGAGGGAAUAAACUUGGAAGAAGGAGCUCAAAUAAUAGAUUCUGCCGAGGAAUUCGUUCCCUGCGCGUUGAAUAUCCAAGAUGGCUCAACAUAUGCGCACAGUGAAAGUUAACACAUCCCGAACAUUCAGCAUCAGGCAGUAGCGUACGUUUCAGGUACCUGGGUAGAUUGCAGCAAAGCUCAACGGGGUGAACGUUGAGCAAAAACAUGCUAUUUUCGAACCAGAACCUGAUCCCUUUACUCUGUCCAACUUUAAACACUUCAAUUGAAAAUUUCCAUUCAAGCACUUCGAAUUCGCAUGAAUUACAGUCCCCUAUAUUUUUUCCUCAAAUAAAAUGAGAUCAUUGUCAUUUUAGCCUGUUAAAUAUAUAACUGUAAAUAUAGUUUUAUUAUCAUCUUACUGCAUAGUUUAAUCAUAAAUACGAAAAAAGAA